CUCUGGCUCCGCCCAGCAUGGGCGGAAGUCCAACGGGGAAUUUUCCAUCGCGGUGCUCGCUCCCUCAAACUCUCUUGGAAGCGACCGGACUAGUUCGGAGAGGUUUACAGAUGAGGGAAUUGAAGCUUGGAGAGAGUGACCCAUCCUGCACUCAUGGCUUGGAGUGAAAGUUCUCGGCCACCUGGGGUUGUGAAGGAUAGCGUUUUCCCGCCUAAACACCCAGACAACCCUUCCAGAAGCUUCUCUGCAGCUCAAGACCCACAGGAAAUUCUUCAGAGGCCUGAAGUCUAUGACCUCAGAGAGGGAGCCUUCUGAACGGAGUUUUCGAGCAUCUGGAAAGUUCCAUUGUCAGUGUCAUCCCCACUGUACUAUAAGGAAUUGUGGAUUUCGGAGCAACUGGGUAGGAGAGGAGCAGCCCUACUGAAGCUCUUUACUCAUUUUUAAUAGGUACAAUUAAAGCUGACACUUUAGGCGACAUGGAUUGCUCAUCUCAAAAGCUCGACAAAAGUGACUCGAUACACCACAUGAGCCACCCCCAGACAAGGCCAGAGCUGCCUCCCCUGCCUGCAUCUGUUGAUAAUGAACCAUCUGAACUCUAUCAGACUGUCAUGUUGCACAGCUUUUAUCCCCCCUUGAUGCAACGUACCUCAUGGACCCUAUCUGUGCCCUUCAAAGAGCAGCACCACCACCGUGGGCCCAGUGAUUCCAUUGCCAACAAUUACUCAUUGAUGGCCCGAGAUCUAAAGCUGAAAGACUUGAUAAAGAUCUACCAGCCAGUCAUCAUCAAUGCCCCUAGGGACAGGAUCACCCGGGGGCUGCUAUCAGGAACUAAAAGCUCAUCACAGCCCAACAAGAAGAUGAAGUUCUCCUCCAGAGUCAAUGAGGACCCCACUAGGACCAAGAUGGCCUGCAACAUCUCAACCUCCUCACCCAUGAAGAAGGAGGUGAAUACAUCUUUGACCCUCCCAGGAAGCAGGCCAAUGAGUCCAGAACAGCAGAUUAAUGUGAUGUUACAGCAGGAGAUGGAAAUAGAAAAUAAAGAAAAAACUCCAUCUGCAUUAGACCUGGAGAGAUACUAUUACUAUGUAACCAACGGAAUCCGAAAAGACAUGAUUGCCCCUGGGGAGGACGGAGUGAUGGUUCGGAUUUCAAAGCUGAUUUCUACCAAGCUGCUGACAAGUCCCUCCUUGGAACCCCUGCUGGUUGCCCUUGUGGAUGAAAUGGAAAAUGACUAUUACAGUGGCCUCAUGAAAAGCAUUGUUGAUUACAUCCUCAUGGAUCCAAUGGAGAGGAAGAGGCUCUUCAUCAAGAACAUCCCCCGCCUUUUUCCUCACAGAGUGAUCCGGGCCCCUGUGCCCUGGCAUAGUGCCUACAGGGGUGCUCACAAGUGGAAUGAGGAGCAUCUGCACACGGUGAACCCCAUGAUGCUCAUCCUGAAAGACCUGUGGUUUACAGAAUUUAGAGACCUCAGGUUUGUUCGAACAGCGGAAUUGCUGGCAGGAAAACUUCCUCUGCAGCCUGAUGAGUACUGGGAUGUGAUCUGCAAGCACUGUGCAGAGGCACGCCAAAUUCUCCUCAGCAAGUGGAUCCCCGCUUGUACCGAGCUUUUUGUCUCAUGGAAGGAACACUGGGUCCACUUUUCUCCCAAGAGCGACUAUGACUCAUCUCGAAACAUUGAGGAAUAUUUUGCUUCCGUUGCUUCCUUCAUGUCACUCCAGCUCAGAGAAUUGGUCAUCAAGUCCCUUGAAGAUCUUGUUUCCUUGUUCAUGAUACAUAAGGAUGGAAAUGAUUUUGAGGAGCCAUACCAAGAGAUGAAGUUCUUUAUACCUCAGCUGAUCAUGAUCAAACUUGAAGUCAGUGAGCCCACAAUUGUCUUCAAUCCAUCUUUUGAUGACUGCUGGGAAUUAAUAACCAACUCUUUCUUGGAAAUUAUUAAAAAGUCUGAUGGGAUCCCCAAGGUGGAAUCUAUCCUAUUCCCAGAGUUGAAAGGAUAUAACCUGAUCCUUGGAACUGUGAACAUGAAUGAAAAACUUGUUGCUGAUUUUGUGGAUCAGACAUUUGAAGUAUUUCAGAAAAAUCAAGUUGGCCCUCACAAAUACUUAAAUGCAUACAAAAAGUAUGACGACUUACUGGAUAACACAGCAGACCAAAGCAUCACUGCAUUCCUGAAAGAAAAUCAUGAAAUUGAAGAUUUUGCGAUGAGGAUCGAUAGCAUAAAAAAGCGCAGAAAUGAAAUUGCAUCCAUGCACAUUACCGUGCCUUUAGCCAUGUUCUGUCUGGAUGCCAUGAUCCUAAAUUAUGAUCUCUGUGAGCGAGCACAAAAUCUUAAGGACCGUCUGAUUCAGUACCAAGUGGAUGUAAACCGCAAUACUAAUUCCAGCAUUUGUAAGCAGUACAGUACCAUCGCAGACAAAGUCAGUGAGAAUCCCACCAACACUGAGGAGCUGGUAUUCCUCAUUGAAUUCUUAAGGAAAUCCAGUGACGUUACUGUGUUCAAACUCAGGAAGCAACUUAGAGAUGCAGCUGAACGGCUCGAGUUCCUGACAGACUAUGCAGACUUGCCCGAAGAAGAUAUCAAAGUGAACAGCACUGUGUUCCUCUGGCCAGAUCAGAUUGAAAACAUCUUUGAAAACAGCCGAAACCUGCUUCUUACCAAGAGGGAUCAGGCAGAGAUGGACCUGAUUAAAAGAUGCGCAGAGUUUGAGUCAAGACUGGAAAGCUACGGCAAGGAAUUGGAAGGCUUUAGGAAGCGUGAAGUGAUGACCACAGAAGAAAUGAAGCACAAUGUCGAAAAGCUUACCGAGCUUUCCAAGAACCUAAUUCAGGCGAUGUUGGAAUUUGAGUUAAUCAACAAGGAGGAAGAGCUGUUGGAAAAGGAGAAGAGCACCUUCCCCCUUCUGCAGACCUUGAUAACCAACAAAGUGCCUUAUGAGCAGCUGUGGGUGAUGGCCUAUGAGUUCAGCACCAAGUCCGAGGAGUGGAUGAAUGGCCCCCUCUCUUUACUGAAUGCUGAGGAAAUCACAGAGGAGAUAGGAAAUAUGUGGAGAAUGAUAUAUAAGUUGACCAAGACCUUCGCUGAUGUGCCGGCACCCAGGCGCCUGGCAGAGAACGUCAAGUUGAAGGUUGAAAAGUUCAAGCAGCACCUUCCCAUCCUCAACAUUUCCUGCAACCCCGGAAUGAAGGACCGGCACUGGCAACAGAUUAGUGAGAUUGUUGGCUAUGAAGUAAGUCCCACUGAAAUGUCUUGCCUCUCAAAUAUGCUGGAUUUUGGAUUUGCCAAGUACAUUCAAAAACUGGAGCCCAUUGGUGCUGCUGCUAGUAAGGAAUAUUCCCUGGAGAAAAACUUGGAGAAAAUGAAGUUAGAUUGGUCCAACAUGAUGUUCAGCUUCGUGAAAUACAGGGACACUGAUACAAACAUCUUAUGUGCAAUUGAUGACAUUCAACUGUUACUUGAUGAUCACGUGAUAAAGACCCAGACCAUGUGUGGCUCACCAUUCAUCAAGCCAAUAGAGACAGAGUGCAGGAAAUGGGAAGAAAAGCUCAUUCGUGUGCAGGAAAAUUUGGAUGCCUGGUUGAAGUGCCAAGCCACUUGGCUGUACCUGGAACCCAUCUUCAGCUCAGAGGAUAUCAUAGCCCAGAUGCCAGAAGAGGGCAGGAAAUUUGGCACUGUUGACAGUUACUGGAAAUCACUCAUGUCCCAAGUGGUGAAAGAUCCUAGGGUUCUAGUGGCAGGAGACCAACCACGGAUGACUGAGAAGCUUCAAGAAGCCAACCUUCUGUUGGAGGACAUCCAAAGAGGGUUGAAUGAUUAUUUGGAGAAGAAGAGACUAUUUUUUCCCAGGUUCUUUUUCCUGUCAAAUGACGAGCUGCUGGAGAUUUUGUCCGAAACAAAAGACCCCCUCCGAGUGCAGCCACACUUGAAGAAAUGCUUUGAAGGAAUUGCCAAGCUAGAGUUUACAGACAAUCUGGAAAUCAUGGGCAUGAUCAGCUCAGAAAAAGAAACUGUUCCAUUCAUACAGACAAUCUACCCAGCUAAUGCCAGAGGCAUGGUGGAAAAGUGGCUGCAGCAGGUGGAGCAGAUGAUGCUUGCCAGUAUGCGGGAAGUUAUUGGCUGUGGGAUUGAAGCAUAUGUGAAGGUCCCUCGUAACAGCUGGGUCUUGCAGUGGCCUGGCCAGGUGGUUAUCUGUGUCUCCUCCAUCUUUUGGACUAAGGAAGUGUCCGAAGCCCUAGUGGAAAAUACCCUGCCAGAUUUUUUGAGAAAGAGCAACAAGCAGAUCACACAGAUUGUCGAGCUGGUGCGCGGGAAGCUGAGCAGCGGAGCUCGACUUACUCUUGGAGCCCUCACAGUCAUUGAUGUCCAUGCCCGGGAUGUGGUGGCCAAGUUAGCUGAGGACAAGGUCUCUGACCUGAAUGAUUUCCAGUGGAUCUCACAACUGCGCUACUACUGGGAGGCGAAGGAUGUGCAGGUGCAGAUGAUCACCACAGAAGCCUUGUAUGGGUACGAGUAUCUGGGAAACUCCCCGAGGCUGGUGAUCACGCCCCUCACUGACCGCUGCUACAGGACACUGAUGGGUGCUUUGAAGCUGAACCUUGGGGGAGCUCCAGAGGGCCCAGCUGGAACAGGCAAGACAGAGACCACCAAAGACCUGGCCAAAGCUUUGGCCAAGCAGUGUGUGGUCUUCAACUGCUCAGAUGGUUUGGAUUACAAGGCCAUGGGGAAGUUCUUCAAGGGGCUGGCUCAGGCUGGAGCAUGGGCCUGUUUUGAUGAGUUCAACCGGAUUGAGGUAGAAGUGCUGUCUGUGGUAGCCCAGCAGAUACUCAGUAUUCAACAAGCCAUUGUCCAGAACCUGAAGAUAUUCAUCUUUGAAGGUACUGAGCUCUCUCUGAACCCAACCUGUGCUGUCUUCAUUACCAUGAACCCUGGGUAUGCUGGCAGGGCUGAGCUGCCAGACAACCUCAAGGCCUUAUUCCGGACAGUAGCCAUGAUGGUGCCAGAUUACGCCCUCAUUGGAGAGAUCUCCCUCUAUUCUAUGGGGUUCCUGGACUCCAGAAGUCUCGCCCAGAAGAUUGUGGCUACGUAUCGCCUGUGCUCUGAGCAGCUCUCCUCCCAGCAUCACUAUGACUACGGUAUGCGGGCUGUCAAGUCUGUGCUCACAGCUGCCGGCAACCUGAAGCUCAAGUACCCCCAGGAGAAUGAGAGCGUCUUGCUGCUACGGGCCUUGCUUGAUGUCAACUUGGCCAAGUUCUUAGCUCAAGAUGUUCCUCUGUUUGAGGGAAUUAUAUCAGAUUUGUUUCCUGGGGUUGUUCUUCCAAAGCCAGACUAUGAAGUUUUUCUGGAAGCACUGAAUGAUAACAUCAAAAAGAUGAAACUCCAGGCAGUACCUUGGUUUAUCAGGAAAAUUAUCCAGAUUUAUGAGAUGAUGCUGGUGAGACAUGGCUACAUGAUUGUUGGAGACCCCAUGGGAGGCAAGACAUCGGCUUAUAAAGUGUUGGCUGCAGCUCUGGGUGAUUUACAUGAAGCCAACCAGAUGGAGGAGUUUGCCGUGGAGUACAAGAUCAUCAAUCCCAAGGCUAUCACAAUGGGGCAGCUGUAUGGGUGCUUUGACCCAGUGAGCCACGAGUGGACAGAUGGUGUCCUAGCCAAUGCUUUCCGGGAGCAAGCAUCUUCAACAUCUGAUGACCGCAAGUGGAUUAUAUUUGAUGGACCAGUAGAUGCUGUUUGGAUUGAAAAUAUGAAUACUAUUCUGGAUGAUAAUAAAAAGGUGGAAUUUAACCUCUGUGCACACCCUACCCCUUUGCACUUGCAGCUGUGUUUAAUGAGUGGAGAAAUUAUCCAGAUGAGUCCCAAGAUGAGUCUGAUCUUUGAGCCAGCCGACCUGGAGCAGGCAUCCCCUGCCACUGUGAGCCGAUGUGGGAUGAUCUACAUGGAGCCCCAUCAGCUAGGCUGGAAGCCCUUGAAAGAUUCAUACAUGGACACCCUCCCCUCCAGCCUUACUGAGGAGCACAUGGAAUUGGUGAAUGACAUGUUCAUGUGGCUUGUCCAGCCCUGCCUGGAAUUUAUUUGCCUUCAGUGUAAAUUUGUGGUCCAGUCAUCCCCCAUCCACCUUGCCUUCUCAAUGAUGAGACUGUACUCCUCUCUGCUUGAUGAAAUUAGGGCCACAGGAGAUGAGGAGAAUGAAUCACUUGAAGGCCUGUCAAAUCAGCAGAUCUUCCUCUGGCUCCAAGGACUAUUCCUCUUCUCCUUGGUGUGGACUGUCGCCGGCACCAUCAAUGCAGACAGCAGAAAGAAAUUUGAUUUGUUUUUCCGCAACCUGAUCAUGGGCAUGGAUGAUAACCACCCCAGGCCCAAAAGUGUGAAACUCACCAAAAACAACAUAUUUCCAGAGAGAGGAAGCAUCUAUGACUUUUUUUUCGUCAAACAUGGUAGUGGACAUUGGGACACAUGGACUGAGUAUAUCACCAAAGAGGAGGAAAACAUUCCUGUUAAUGCAAAGGUCUCAGAGCUCAUCAUCCCCACAAUGGAGACAGCCCGGCAGUCCUUCUUCUUGAAAACCUACAUGGACCAUGAGAUCCCGAUGCUAUUUGUGGGUCCCACAGGCACUGGGAAAUCAGCCAUCACCAACAACUUCCUUCUCCGCCUACCCAAAAACGUCUAUGUACCCAACUGCAUCAAUUUCUCUGCCAGGACUUCAGCCAAUCAGACCCAGGAUAUCAUCAUGUCCAAGCUGGAUCGGAGGCGGAAGGGUCUUUUUGGGCCUCCCAUAGGGAGGAAAUCAGUGGUGUUUGUGGAUGACCUCAACAUGCCAGCCAAAGAGGUGUAUGGGGCCCAGCCCGCCAUUGAACUCCUGAGGCAGUGGAUCGACCAUGGUUACUGGUUUGACAAGAAGGACACAAGCAGACUGGACAUUGUGGAUAUGCUACUUGUGACGGCCAUGGGUCCCCCUGGGGGAGGAAGGAAUGACAUUACUGGACGAUUCACUCGUCAUCUGAAUAUCAUUUCUAUCGGUACCUUUGAGGAUGACAUUUUAACCAAGAUUUUCUCUUCUAUUGCUGACUGGCACUUUGGGAAAGGGUUUGACGUGAUAUUCUUAAGGUACGGAAAGAUGAUGGUACAAGCUACCAAGACAAUUUAUAAAGCUGCAGUGGAGAACUUUUUGCCAACUCCCUCCAAGUCACAUUACGUCUUUAACCUGAGGGACUUCUCACGAGUGAUCCAGGGGGUACUGCUCUGCCCUCACACCCACCUCCAGGAUGUAGAAAAAUUUAUCCGCCUUUGGAUUCAUGAGGUUUAUCGAGUCUUUUAUGACCGUCUGGUUGACAUAGAAGACAGACAGGUAUUCUUCAACAUGGUGAAGGAAACCACCUCCAAUUGCUUCAAGCAGACUGUGGAGAAGGUGCUCAUCCACUUGUCACCCACUGGAAAGAUUGUUGAUGAUAACAUCCGUAGCCUCUUCUUCGGGGAUUUCUUCAAGCCAGACAGUGAUAAUAAAAUCUAUGAUGAGAUCACUGACCUGAAACAGCUGACAGUGAUCAUGGAGUACUACCUGGAAGAAUUCAACAACAUCAGCAAGGCUCCUAUGUCCUUGGUCAUGUUCCAAUUUGCCAUUGAGCACAUCUCCAGGAUCUGCAGAGUCUUGAAGCAGAACAAAGGCCAUUUGCUCCUGGUGGGGAUUGGGGGCAGUGGACGGCAGAGUGCCACUAAACUGUCCACGUUCAUGAAUUCAUAUGAGCUAUACCAGAUUGAGAUCACAAAGAACUACACAGGCAGUGACUGGCGGGAAGACCUGAAGAAGAUCAUGCUGCAAGUUGGGGUGGCCUCCAGGAGUACUGUGUUCCUCUUCACUGAUAGCCAGAUAAAGGAUGAGUCAUUUGUUGAGGAUAUCAACAUGCUUCUAAACACGGGUGAUGUGCCCAAUAUCUUCCCAGCUGACGAGAAGGCUGACAUUGUGGAGAAGAUGCAAAUGGCAGCCAGAACAUCAGGAGAGAAGAUUGAAGUCACUCCUCUUUCUAUGUACAACUUCUUUAUUGAGAGGGUGAAAAAGAACCUACACAUUGUGCUUGCCAUGAGUCCAAUUGGGGAUGCCUUCAGAAACCGCCUGCGGAUGUUCCCUUCAUUGAUCAAUUGCUGUACAAUUGAUUGGUUCCAGUCCUGGCCUACUGAUGCCCUGGAGUUGGUGGCCAACAAAUUUCUAAAGGAUGUGGAGCUUGAUGACAAAAUUCGGACAGAGAUCAUCUGCAUGUGUAAAUACUUUCAGGAGAGUGUGAAGAACCUGUCACUUGAUUAUUAUAACACACUUCGAAGACAUAACUAUGUUACCCCCACAUCCUACCUUGAACUGAUUCUAACCUUCAAGACGCUCCUGAACAGCAAAAGGCUUGAGGUGGACACAAUGAGGAACCGAUACCUGACAGGCUUGGAGAAACUGGACUUUGCAGCUUCCCAGGUGGCAGUGAUGCAAGUAGAACUGACCGCCCUCCAGCCUCAACUCAUCCAGACCUCUGAGGAGACAGCUAACAUGAUGGUGAAAAUUGAAGAGGAAACAAGAGAAGCUGAUGCUAAGAAACUUCUGGUGCAGGCAGAUGAGAAAGAAGCCAAUGCCGCCGCUGCAGUUGCUCAAGAAAUCAAGAACGAAUGCGAGGGGGACCUGGCCGAGGCCAUGCCAGCACUGGAGGCUGCACUCGCUGCGCUCGACACCCUGAACCCAGCCGACGUCUCACUGGUGAAGUCAAUGCAGAACCCACCCGGCCCAGUCAAGCUGGUCAUGGAGAGUGUCUGUGUCAUGAAGGGGCAGAGGCCAGAGAGGAAGCCGGACCCCAGUGGCUCUGGUAAGAUGAUAGAAGACUACUGGGGGGUGUCAAAAAAGAUUCUCGGAGACCUGAAAUUCUUGGAGAGUCUUAAGUCAUAUGACAAAGACAACAUCCCUCCACUGGUCAUGAAGCGGAUCCGAGAAAGGUUUAUUGAUCACCCAGAAUUCCAGCCAGCUGUCAUUAAAAACGUGUCAUCUGCCUGUGAGGGUCUGUGCAAGUGGGUGCGGGCCAUGGAGGUGUAUGACCGUGUGGCCAAGGUGGUAGCUCCCAAACAGGAGCGCCUGAGGGAGGCCGAGGGGAAGCUGGAUGCGCAGAUGCAGAAACUGAACCAGAAACGAGCAGAGCUCAAGCUGGUGGAAGAUCGUCUCCAGGCCCUGAAUGAUGAAUUUGAAGAGAUGAAUGUCAAGAAAAAGACACUGGAGGAAAACAUCGAAAUCUGCUCCCAAAAACUGGUCAGGGCAGAGAAGCUGAUCAGUGGUCUCAGUGGAGAGAAGGACAGAUGGACAGAAGCUGCCCGCCAGCUGGGAAUCCACUAUAUUAAUCUGACAGGGGAUGUGUUGGUGUCCUCAGGGACUGUGGCUUAUCUGGGUGCCUUCACAGUGGAUUACAGGGCCCGAUGCCAAAAGGAAUGGUUGGCCAACUGUAAGGACAAGAUCAUCCCAGGCUCCAGCGACUUCAGUCUCAGCAAUACAUUAGGGGAUCCUGUAAAAAUCCGUGCCUGGCAGAUUGCUGGGCUUCCCAUUGACUCCUUCUCCAUAGACAAUGGCAUCAUUGUGUCCAAUUCCAGACGCUGGCCCUUAAUGAUUGACCCACAGGGGCAGGCCAAUAAAUGGAUCAAGAAUAUGGAGAAAGCGAAUAAACUGUCUGUCAUCAAGUUCUCUGACGCCAGUUAUGUAAGGACACUGGAAAACGCCCUACAGUUUGGCACCCCUGUCUUACUGGAAAACAUUGGGGAAGAUCUGGAUGCUUUCAUUGAACCUAUCUUGCUCAAGACAACAUUCAAGCAGCAAGGGGUUGAAUACAUGAGACUGGGUGAAAAUAUCAUCGAAUACUCCAGGGAAUUUAAGUUUUACAUCACCACUCAUUUAAGGAACCCACAUUACCUCCCGGAAGUCGCUGUGAAAGUCUGUCUCCUCAACUUCAUGAUCACCCCCUUGGGUCUCCAAGAUCAACUCCUUGGCAUUGUGGCUGCCAAGGAGAAGCCAGAACUGGAAGAGAAAAAGAAUCAGUUGAUUGUGGAAAGUGCCGAGAACAAGAAGCAGCUAAAAGAAAUUGAAGAUAAGAUCUUGGAGGUUCUCUCCCUGUCUCAGGGCAACAUUCUAGAGGAUGAAACAGCCAUCAGAAUUCUCUCCUCCUCCAAAGUACUAUCUGAAGAAAUCUCAGAGAAACAGGAAAUCGCUUCAAAGACAGAAAUGGAGAUCGAUAAGACUCGGAUGGGCUACAAGCCCGUGGCUGUGCACUCUGCCACCAUCUUCUUCUGUAUCUCUGACCUGGCCAACAUAGAUCCCAUGUACCAGUACUCCCUGACAUGGUUCAUCAACCUCUACAUGCUUUCCCUAGCCAACAGCACCAAGAGCGAGGAACUGGAUCUCCGCAUUGAAUACAUCAUUGAACAUUUCACCCUGAGCAUCUACAACAACGUGUGCCGCUCUCUGUUUGAGAAGGACAAGCUGCUCUUUUCCCUCCUCCUGACCAUCGGCAUCUUGAAAGAAAAAAGGCUAAUUUCAGAGGAAAUUUGGUUCUUCCUUCUAACUGGAGGUAUUGCCCUGGAUAACCCCUACCCCAAUCCAGCUUCUGAAUGGUUGUCCGAGAAGGCAUGGGCAGAAGUUGUACGUGCAUCCUCAUUGCCAAAACUGAAAGGCCUGAAGGAACAUUUGGAACAAAAUACUAAUGAAUGGAAGCUGAUCUACGACUCACCCUGGCCCCAUGAAGAGACAUUUCCUGAACCUUGGAAGUUGCUUGAAGGAUUGGAGAGGUUGGUCAUCCUCCGAUGUUUGCGGCCUGACAAGAUAAUCCCGGCCAUUAGGGGUUUCAUUGCUGAGUUUAUGGGGAAUGUGUACAUUGAAGCCCCCACAUUCGAUCUCCAAGGAUCCUACAACGAUUCGAGUUGUUGUGCACCACUGAUUUUCGUCUUGUCUCCAAGUGCAGACCCAAUGGCAGGCCUGCUGAAGUUUGCAGAUGACCUUGGAAUGGGAGGCGCCAAAACACAGACCAUCUCCCUUGGUCAAGGCCAAGGCCCUAUUGCUGCCAAAAUGAUCCACACUGCCAUCAGAGACGGAACCUGGGUGGUCUUACAGAACUGCCAUCUGGCCACAAGCUGGAUGCCUACGCUGGAAAAGAUCUGUGAGGAGGUAAUUGUUCCUGAGAGCACCAGUGCGAGGUUCAGACUCUGGUUAACCAGCUAUCCAUCAGAGAAAUUUCCAGUCAGCAUUCUCCAGAAUGGGAUCAAAAUGACCAAUGAGCCCCCCAAAGGGCUCCGGGCCAACCUUUUGCACUCCUACCUCAACGAUCCCAUCUCAGACCCCACGUUCUUCCAAAGCUGUACAAAGCCAGUGAUGUGGCAGAAGCUGUUGUUUGGUCUUUGCUUCUUCCAUGCCAUUGUUCAAGAGAGGAGGAACUUUGGACCCCUAGGCUGGAAUAUUCCAUAUGAAUUCAAUGAAUCUGACUUAAGGAUUAGUAUGCGGCAGAUCCAGAUGUUUCUCAGUGACUACAAGGAGGUGCCCUUUGAUGCUCUCACCUACCUGACAGGAGAAUGUAAUUAUGGAGGCAGAGUGACUGAUGACAAAGAUCGGCGUCUCCUGCUGUCUCUUCUGUCCAUGUUCUACUGCAAGGAAAUCGAGCAGGACCGUUACUGUCUCGCUCCUGGAGAGACUUACUACAUCCCUCCCUAUGGCUCCUACCAGUCCUAUAUCAACUAUCUCAGGACUCUGCCCAUCUCAGCCCAUCCAGAAGUAUUUGGUCUCCAUGAGAAUGCCGACAUCACCAAGGACAACCAGGAAACCAAUCAGCUCUUCCAAGGGGUGCUGUUGACCCUCCCUAGACAGUCAGGAGGGGGUGGCAAGUCACCUCAGGAAGUUGUUGAGGAGCUGGCUCAGGACGUACUCUCCAAGCUUCCCAAAGACUUUGACCUGGAAGAGGUCAUGAAUUUGUAUCCUGUGGUCUAUGAGGAGUCCAUGAACACUGUCCUAAGGCAGGAGCUCAUCAGAUUCAACAGGCUGACCAAAGUGGUUCGAAGUAGCCUCAUCAAUCUUGGCCGAGCUAUCAAAGGGCAGGUCCUGAUGUCCUCAGAGCUGGAGGAAGUCUUCAACAGCAUGCUCAUGGGUAAAGUGCCAGACAUGUGGGCAGCCAAGUCCUACCCAUCACUGAAGCCACUGGGGGGCUAUGUGGCUGACCUACUGGCCCGGCUGGCUUUCUUCCAGGAAUGGAUUGACAAGGGGCCCCCUGUGGUCUUCUGGAUCUCUGGAUUCUACUUCACACAGUCUUUUUUGACUGGUGUCUCUCAGAAUUAUGCCCGGAAAUAUACCAUCCCCAUUGACCACAUUGGAUUUGAGUUUGAGGUGACUACACAAGAAACAGCCAUGGAGAGUAACCCAGAAGAUGGGGCCUACAUAAAAGGGCUCUUCCUAGAAGGUGCCCGUUGGGACAGGAAAACGAAGCAGAUUGGUGAAUCUCUCCCCAAAAUUCUCUAUGACUCGUUGCCCAUCAUUUGGCUGAAACCUGGGGAGAGUGCACUGUUUCUGCAGCAGAACAUUUAUGUGUGUCCGGUCUACAAAACAAGUGCCCGUAGGGGUGUCCUCUCCACCACAGGCCACUCUACCAACUAUGUCCUCUCCAUCGAGCUUCCAACAGACAGGCCCCAGAAGCACUGGAUAAACCGAGGCGUGGCCUCCCUGUGCCAACUGGACAACUGAUGGCAUCUGCCUCAAAACAGAAAGUAAACAGCAUUUCACUCUCCACUACAGCCCAGCCUUCCUUUCUUGAGAGUCAUAUAACACAAUGAUGAUGGUGAUGAUGAUGAUGUUAAUGUUAUAUUAUCUGGGCAAUUGCUGUGAACCAAGUAUUUCACAGCACCCCUAUAAAGUAGAUUAUUACUAUUAUCCUCAUUGUAUGGCUGCAGAAAUGUUACAUAGAUAAGUAAAUCAGGCAGCUACUAAAGUAAAAUUUGAACAUAGCCACUGGGAUUCAACCUUUCCUAUGGGUAUGGGGGAGGGUGCUAGGGACUGAACUCAGAGCCUUCACCCUGAGCUACGUCACCAACCACCCUCCUUUUUUAGUGUGUAAGAGUCCUGCUAAAUUGCCCAGGCUGCAAUCCUUCUGCUUCAGCCUCCUAGUGCUGGGAUUACAGGUGUGCACCACCAUACCCAGCCCUUGCGAGUUUUGUUUUUUAUCUGUUAUUUUGCUGCAGCUGUCACAAUUUCAAUCACUUCUUUGCCCACAUGGGCAAUCAUCAAGGCUCCUCAGAGGUUGAGAGGGUCUUGGGAUAAUACUUUUAAGGCUCUUGAGAUAUUUAAAAUAUACAUCGUACAACAGUCUUGAGAGGUAUUAUCUCCAUUUUACAGAUGCAGAGUUCCAGCUAGUUAGUGGUAGAACUGGGACCCAAUUGCUUUUUCUAUUAGCCCACAUCAAUGGCUAAAGCUUCAGGAAGGCAAGAUGAAAGAACUAAAUUUGUUGCAGCCCUAUCGUGUGCCAGGGUUUGAGUCCAGGCCUUAGACAUCUCACUUGAUCCUAUAUACUGGGAGUGAUUGUCUGUCCCUCUGGAGGCUCAGAGAAAUUAACUUGCCUAAGAUCACUGAGUAUUUCUUCACUUUGUACAGCCAGGUUUAAGAGCCCAGAUGUGUCUGGCUCUUGCAUCCUUGCAUUUUUCACUUCCCCAUAUUUUUAUUUUGACGUAAGUUUCUGGAGGAGAGGGGUGCCUCCAACUUCUUAUGUUCAAGAAAUUGCAAUCACUAAUCUCUCCCCAGGGCCACCUGGAAGACUCUAAAGGGAGAUAAAAAUCACAUACUUGAUAUAAUCUUCACUCACUCACUCAUGGAGCUCUUUGGCUCUAAGUGGCUUCUCUCAGGGUGUUCCACUGGUCACUACACAAUGACCAGACACAAGGCUUUGUCUUAAUGUGUCUGGCCUCAAUUCUCAACCUCUUCACCAGAACAAAUAUCCUGACUUGGGAUCUUUGGUUUUUCCUGAAUGGGGGGUAGGGGUGGGGGUGGUUCUGAAGACCAAGUAAAUGUGUUCCUGAAAACUUCACUAUGACUUUUUUAUGGCAUGAACCAAAUUCUGAUUGAGGACUGUGAAUUCUGAGAUCAGCAAAUCACUAAAGUGCAAGGGAAAUAGACUACCUGAAUCUUGCAGCAAGGCAAUAAAGACAGUGAGGAGAAACUAAUCUACAACUUAAAGUAACUAGCUUAAUAGAUAUUUUUCAAGAAAGAAACAAUUGAACAGGCAUGGUAGCACACACCUGUAAUCUCAGCACUUGGAAGGGUGAGGCAGGAGGAUGCUCAUAAAUUCGAGGCCAGCCAGGGCUACACACACAGUCCACAGCUGGCCUGAACUAUGUACUGAGACUCUAGAUCACAAACAAAAAAAAAAGAGGAUCGGUGUGGGGGCAACUUUAUCCAGAGUGGUGGGGAAAAGAUGAACAGAUAGUGGGGACUGCUAUUUCAUUUCAACUAAGAUGGUGAGUCAUGUAGGAUGAAAAGAUGGUCAGGAUCCCACAACCCCUCACCUUGGAUGGUGGGUAAGUCACACUGUGAGCUGUAAAAGGGCUGGAAAUGAGAGGGCUUCUGAGAGAACAACUGAAUUUUAAUUACAGUUAUCUAACUCCAGCUUCAGCAGUGAAAAAACCUAAGGGAGGCCAAAACCAUGUCAUUUCUCAGGGGUCAAGAGACAGAAUGUUUCUGUAUGAUGAAUUACAUUUUUGUAAUUUAGAAAAUUUCCUCCACUUUAAAAACAAAGAUUGCCCUAAAUUUGAAGUCAUUUUCAAUUGCGCCCAGUGUGGUAAAAAAUGUCUCCUGUUGGGAAACAGCAAUAUGCUCUUCAGAAAUUAUGAUGAGUUAGAGGCUGGAGAGUCCUGGGGAAGAGACGGCCAGAGAUCAGCUCAGGAGAAGCAGCAGCCCUGCCUGUAAAAUAGCUCAGCAAAUGACAUCAGACAAAGCUGGUCAGCAAGCCAGUCCUGGCUCUAACACACCUAGCUGUUGAAUAAACAGCUAUUAUCCAGUUCUUCUCAAUGAUGGAAGAAAAGUACAGUGAAGGAGGGGAUUUACAGAAGGUCGGUUCUACCUGAAACGGCUGAAGAUGGGGGUUUUAUUGUCCUUGAGAGAAAAGAGAGGGAAAAUGCUAUUAAAAAUAAAACAGGUUACAAAGAAA